ACCAGUCUUUCGUUUAGCGUCGCAUUGGACGCACGCGCGCGCACAUUUUGUACAGUUUUUAAAAUCGUAUUUGUUAGUUUUGUGAAUAAAUAACAGACAUACGAUAAAAAUAAACUUGGCAUUUGAAGUUGAGUGUGAUAUCAUAGAUAAAAUUUGAUUUUAGCCGAUAGAAAUAAAAUAUCAAUACGAAGAUGAAAUCGUCAGUAGCGUUGCUCUUGUUCGGCCUGGUGGUCUUCGUAGCAACAACUAGUGCACGACCGAAUUACAGCGAAACGGAUCUUUCAACAUUUGAUGAAAACAAAGAAUUAGACCACAGUACAGCACAAAAUAGACAACACAGACGGCAAAGAAGGAGACAUUCAAGACAGAUAUCUGAUCGGUACGAUAAUUUCUCGCCUAGGUUUUAUUAUGAUAAUAGACAACUACAUGACAUUCGACAGCAAAUAAACGAAUUACAUGAUAUCAUUAAAAAUCGCCAAUGGCAAUUCGGUCCCGCAUACGGUGGUAAUCAACCUCAGCAAAUUUACAUUCAAGUCGUUCCCUACCCUGUCGUCCCACAACCAUCAUGUUCUUGUAACAAAGCGAAUAAUUUACCCAACCUUGACAACAGAUUAGGGGGUGAAUCUAAUAAUAAUAUAAAUACGAUUGAGGAGGAUGAAGAAGACGAAGGAAGGCCAAUCUCAUUCAAACCCGUCGAUUCAAACACACCAUCCAAACCGUUUCCGCCCGUCGAGCAUGGCAGUGUACAAGCCGGGUUAACGCCAAUAUCCACGACCACUGCCAAGCCGAAAAAGACCCCGGGCGUUUGCGAAGCUGCCAUCCUCCUGUGCUGUAGAUUCUCGAAGGACGUCCAGAAGGAAUGCUUCCAGCGAUACGGCUGUAUGAAAACUUAUAGCACAGGCAUAGCUUGUUCACCACAGGCAAUAGGAAUCGUCAUCCAACACUUUAAAGAAGCGUACGCGCCGAGGUGAUUUCUUCUAAAGAAAUAAACAGCGACCACAUAGUCACCUUACAGUAUUUUAGGGUUUAAUGUUAGCUUAAGUUGUUGAAGCUUUUAUUACGAUAUAGUUAUAAUGUUGCAGGAAUUGAAAACAAAUCAAUUUUCUUUGCUUGAUCGAUAACUAACAGAAUUAAAUAAAAUCAUGUCGACCACAAGAUUUUCACACCAAAGUAAUUGGUAUCCAAACAAUA